AAAUUCUCCAAGAUGGCAGCGGAUUGCUAUUACUCUCCAGGUUGUUCAGAGUCAGAAUUUAUAUUCCGUAACAUUAACCUUAGUCUAAACGAUAACCAUAUCAUUCGGAAUGUAUCAGGGAUGGUCAAAAAAGGAGAAAUUCUCGGAGUCUUUGGACCAAAAGGAUCGGGAAAAUCAGCUUUAGUAUCAACACUUGCAGGGCAUUUGAAGCCAUAUAUAGGCGAAAUACUGCUAAAUGGGGAACCAUUAAACGCAUGCCGAAACAGAAUAGCAUUUGUCCAAUCACGAGACUUGUUUCUUCCUACCUUGACAGUUUAUGAAACCCUAUUUUUUACUGCUAAAUUGAGGCUUUCAUCAAACGAAGUAAACAUCAAAAACAGAGUUAAACAAGUAAUUGAUCUGCUUCAUCUACAGAUGUAUCUGGAUUUUAUGGUACAAGUUGUUACUACAGCUGUUAAAAAGAAGCUUAGUAUAGCUUGUGAAAUGCUGAUAGAUCCGAAAGUUAUAGUUAUUGAUGAGCCAACUACCGACUUAGAUUAUAAAGAUGCCUUAGAUUUGAUGAGGUUUUUAAGGUAUUACACGAUUCAGUUUGAAAAGAUAGGAAUUGUCUCGCUACGGGCUUGUCCAAGUGGUAUAUACCAAACCUGUUCCAAAUCAUUGUUUCUUUAUAAUGGCCAUACAGCGUUUUACGGAACCUCAGCACAAUGUGACAGUUUUUUACAACAGUUAGACACAGCUCCACCUAUUGGCCAUCAUCCUAUGGAUUAUAUGUUAGAACUUCUAAAUGAAGAUUGCUUGGAUGACACAAUCCCUGUCCAGGAGAAAAUUGUUGAAGCCGCAUACAAGAGAAGGAACACUCAUGACUGGCCUGAUUAUUUCCAUUUGACAAAAUAUCCUGCUAAAUCUUCUAAAAGUAGUAAAAGUUCUCUGAGUAAGGAUAAUAACAACCAUACCAAACCCGUCAAAUACGACGCCGAAGAAAUAAAAGUAUUAAUAGAACAAACAAAGGACACAACACUAUCCAGUCCUUCCUCAGGUCUUUAUUCCUCAUCUUAUUGUAAUCAGUUCUGGACAUUAUUCUGUCGUAACUUUACAAAUGCACGUAGACGAAUCUUAUUUCCAAUCAGUGUUAUACAAAAUGUGUAUAUUCUCGUUGUUUGUAUCUUGGUUUGGUGGCAACCAGAAAGAACAGAGGAGACCGUCAAGGACAGAUUAGGUUUGUUCUUUUUCACUGUUGUGCAGUGGGCGUUUUUUUCAUUGUUAGAUGGCAUCCUUACAUUUCCAAAAGAAAUCAAGGUUAUCAAUAAAGAGAGAAAAUACAACCAUUACAGACUCUCAGCCUUUUGUUUAUCUAAAACUUUGAGUGAGAUACCUCUGACAGUUAUACAGCCCUUCGUAUACCUCAGUGUUAUAUACUGGGUUGCUAACCUCAAUAACAUGGAAUCAUUCUUCGCAUCUCUUGGUGUGUUAAUGGCCGAUGUACUAGCAGCUCAGAGCAUUGGAGUGUUUAUUGGAGCAGCAUUGCGACCGCCAUGGACCGUUACUAUGGUACCACUAGGUUUACUGUCAAUGAUGUUGUGGGGUGGAGCAUUUAAUACACCACCCUCAUGGUUUAGUUGGGGACGAUUUGCAUCGUUCUUUUACUAUGGCCUGAAUGCAUUCAUUUACCUGGAAUUUAAAGAUGCAAAACCAAUAAAAUGUGGUGCAAAGAGUAUGGUUCCUGUAUGUAAUAUGAUUAAUCCAGCAACAAAUUCUACGUAUACAGAGUUUGAUUCUGACAUAAUACUACUAGUUACAAAAGUCGAAUGGCCGCUUACCUACUAUCUUGGUGUUUUAAUUGGAAUUUUUGUGAUCACUAGAAUACUUUGGUAUAUUGCUAUGCGUAGAAGAAAGUCUGACGAGUAAAACGUUUUGUUUAUACAAAAAUCUACUAGUAUUGCCAAUAAAUUCAUAAAAGGUAGAUAUGCCUCAUAUGGAACAUAGA